CGAGACUGUACCAUGCACUAGGGUCUGAUUCUGCAUUUGAAUGAAGAGCUUUAUUUCAUUAACUAUUGUCACCACGCUUGAACAAGAGAGGAAAAACUAACGGAAUCUCCAUAAUACCUAGUCUCUCUCACCUCACCCGUCGCUACAUAUUAAACAGGUUUAGUACCAGCAGGGUUUUGCCAGUGACGAGGGAGAUUAAUUUACCAAAAAGAGAAGAGAAAAAAACAUCAGCAUUGGAAUGUUUCUCUCUGUGUUCUCUAACAGGUGUUUUUCUGUCUGCGCAUUUAGCGCCGUUCAAGACCACCUGCCUCUGCGCCACUCUUGAUGUGCACGGUCCAUGCUUUUGUGGGAUGGUUCAAACCGGCUUUUUAGGGGAACAAUGCUGCGCGUAUUUAGUUAUGAUGCUGAGGAAAUGACACAGUUGGAGGAUCAAUACCUCGCGCUCUGGUAAACUAUAUGUGCUGCAUGAGAGUGGAACUUAUUUUUUCCGGAGAUAAGAUGCACCAUUACCAAGCUACCCCCAACAAAACCAUCAGACAAAUUAUACAUUUACAGAACAUAUAAUUGCCAGAAUUUUGAAGAAGAGUGGAGGUACUUUUUUAUGCACUGACUGCAUUUUUUAAAUGCAGAAUGUCAUGUUUUUUGCACAAUUAACGAAUAAUAACUGCGCUUUGCAUUUGAGGACUAUUUGGAUGACCACUGCGCCUUGAGUAAGAUUUUAAAGUAGAAGUCCUACGGUCGGGAGGAAGAGGUAGAGGCGAAACAUUUUUUUAUAGUUUCCUCGGGAAACCCGUCAAACUGGCCAUGGCUGCAGCGAUAGCCAGCUCCCUUAUUCGGCAGAAAAGGCAGGCGAGGGAGCGGGAGAAAUCUAAUGCCUGCCGCUGCGUUAGCAGCCCGAAUAAGACAAAGCAAUGCGAGAACAAACCCAGUCGGUUGUCUAUGUUCUCUCGGGUCAAACUCUUCGGCUCCAAGAAGAGGAGACGGAGGCGACCAGAACCCCAGUUGAAGGGGAUCGUGACGAAGCUGUACAGUCGACAGGGCUUCCACCUGCAGCUGCAAGCAGAUGGCACCAUCGACGGGACGAAGGAGGAGGACAAUGGCUACACCAUAUUCAACCUCAUUCCAGUGGGGCUUCGAGUGGUGGCCAUCCAGGGAGUUCAGACCAAGCUCUACCUGGCCAUGAACAGCGAGGGCUUCCUGUACACAUCAGAACACUUCACCCCGGAGUGCAAGUUCAAAGAGUCAGUGUUUGAGAACUACUACGUGACCUACUCCUCCAUGAUCUACAGACAGCAGCAGUCUGGUAGGGGCUGGUACCUCGGGCUGAAUAAAGAGGGGGAGAUAAUGAAGGGAAACCACGUGAAGAAGAACAAGCCAGCAGCCCACUUCCUCCCCAAGCCUUUGAAAGUGGCCAUGUACAGGGAACCCUCCCUCCACGACCUGACAGAGUUUUCGCGCUCCGGCAGCGGCACGCCAACCAAGUCCCGGAGUGCCUCGGCCGUGCUCAACGGAGGCAAGACGGUGAGCCAGAAUGAGUCCACGUAGCCGGGCGUCGGCGGGCCGGGGUAGACGUAAGAAGACACCUCACCCUCAGAAGAGUGUGGCUUCCAAGCAGACUUCUCUCUCCAAAACCAUCGGCAGUUCAGGACAACAUUACGACUAUGAACACCACCACUACCACCAACCAAUCACCACACUUGAUUAGGCUCCAUAUCUCUCACCAUACUGUCAACAGGGACAUUACACCUUGAGCCGUUUUCUGUUGGUCACUCUCUGGUGGUAAGAACUGUGUACCAGUUAGCUCAUCUUUUAUGGUUUUUUGUUUACUUCCUGCAGAUAACAACUACUUUUACUUAUAGGUCCUGAUCAUAUAGACACCUACCCAGUCAUAUCUGGCAGGCAGGCAGGUAGAGAGGCAGGUGGUCAGGGCAACUGGUGAGGGUCUGGGCUGCUGGGGCUGCAGUGGAUGGAGAAGUCCCCUGUUUCCGUGUGUCAUCCAUGAUGCUUCUAUGUAUACGAAGCCAAUCCCCCGGGGGUUCAGCUUUAGCGAAGCUGCAACCGCAGCCAGCUGUAACGGUAGCUCUCCUGCAUUCUAGUGCACAAGCUCAGAAGAGACUUGAGCUCUCUAGCAUUAAAAAAAAGCCUACAUUCAGCUGACCUGGAGAAUAAUCGGAAAGGCGUGUGGCACUCGCUGUUUGAGCGACAACGCCAUAGCUGCACCUUUACUUUGCUAGUUUUCUGAAUUAGCUGAGACCUUUUUUCUUUUCUUUUUUUUUCUCUCCCCUCCUCCCCCUCCUCAGUAUUUGUGUUUUUGUAGCGGUCUCCACAGUGAAAGGGGUUUCAGCAAACCAAAGACAGAGCUGAAAGAGUGUCCCUUUAAGCAGUCUAACCAAGCCAGUAUAGAGAUGCAGCUGGAAGUUGUUGAAUAAUUUUUCUUCAUGUACAUUUUUGAUGAGAGAAAGAAAGUGAAGAAAGAGACUGCAUAAGAGAGGGAAAGAGAAAAAAAAGAGCUAGAAGGGACUGUGGUGUAGGAAGUUGUAGAAAGCUCAAGGGAAGGAGACUAUUAUUACUGGUGAGCUCUCCGGUUGAGUUUGGUAUGAAUUGACUGUUCAGUGUCCCCGCCUUCUGUUUCUAUUGUGUCACAUUGUCUUCUGUCCCUGUGGUCUGUUCUCCAAUCCAGUGCUUGUGUCAUGCCUUGCCCCGUUCCCCUUUGUUGACUCUUAUUGGCCGAUUCAGUUCACCAUAUAAGGAUAUGGUGACGGCCCCCAUCCAGGACUUGUCUCGUGUUUGAGUAACUUAUCGUGGUGACAAUUUUCUAUAUAUAAUAAUGGGGAAAAAAUACUGUGGAAUUUUAGGUGGCUUAAACAUUUUAUAGGAUAUGUCAUAUUUGUAAAAGUGAACAAGAAAAAAGAAGAAAAUGAAUAAAAGAAAGAAACAUCAAACUCUUCCCUUUCUUGCACAGGGCAUGUACAAACACGGUUGUGUACGAAAGGACCCUUUUUUGGGCUUAGUACUCCUUCCCUUCAGCUACAUACCUUGUUCAUAUGGAACAUGCUACUGGGAGGCUUGGUUUGUCUUUCGUUUCCUUUGGGGGUUUUGAAGUGAACAUAUCUAUUGCAUGGGAGACAGCAGGGGAUUCUGGACUAUAGAGCUAUAGUGCAUGAUGUAGGCUAUGUGUAUUAACCCAUGUUGGAUCAUGUGUUCCUAAUUACCAGGACAAAAGUGAAAAACAACCUGUACAGGCAGAUGGCUGUCGCUCGGCCUGCUACCUUCCAAGUUGUUUAUUAUUUGUUGUAUACACAAAAUGCACUGAAUAAAAUGUUUAUAUUAAGAUAUA